CGCUCACUGCCUGUUGCAUUGCUGCUCGUGCUCUGUCAAAUCUGCGCGCCCAAAGCAAGGGAGAUUGUGACGUCAGCGUUAUGUUUACGUUAUUCUACAAUAUUUUUCUUGUCAUAAGAAGGUUGUUUGCCGGUGGGUUGGGUACAGUAGAUAGUUGACCCGUGGUGUUGUUUCCUAUAGCGAGGCACGCCUGGCAAAUGGAGUUAUCCCUGCUCCGCUCCGCCAGACUCGGCCUGGAAGUACUGGAGCGAGCCUCGAGACGGAGUGUUGACUGGUCUAGUGCGAAUCCGUAUCCCAGUACAACACCAAAGGAUGACAACGCCAAGAGUGAGGAGCUUCAGGGAGACUCAGCCCACACCAGCCUGGAUGAUGCUUUUGAGACCAUAGCUGAAUUCAUGGCACAGACAACAUAUCAAUGCAAGAACUUUUACAUGUCGGAGACAGAGCCUACGGAAAAUGAGAGAACCCAUGUGUGUAGAUACCAUUCUCAAUCUCACCAACACCCAGGGACCUCACUGCAGACCAGGAAACAUGCACAGUCAUCACCUGAGGAUUUCCACAUUGAGGUGUCUCCAGGUACCUAUAAAAUUACUGCAGGAACGCAGGACUCACAGCAACAGACCCGGGUAGUACGCAUUAAUGCAGGAGAGAGCAUGAACCUCACAUUUCACCUCUAACCUCUCAUUUCACCUCUAACCUCUCAACCCUGACCAAUCCCCAUGACCUUUCUGCUAACAAUAACAAACCUGCCCAACCUGAAUGUUUACGUACAUAUUUUCACGUCAUGCUAUGCUUCUGUUGAAAUGUCGCUUUAGAGCGAUAGUGUUAUUAAUUUGCUGCUAAACGAGAAGCCAUAUUUUGAUGUAAUCAUGAUUUUGUUUUUAUAUUCAAUUUUGUAUGUAAAAUGUCUAUCCAAACACAUCACGUAAAUAAUUUAUAUAUUUUUUUGUCAUAUCAAUAUAAUAAAGUAUAUAUUUUAUAUCAAUGA